AUGGGUGUUUGUGGGUGGUUCAAGAAGUUAGUCGCCAUUAAAAGCAAGAAGGAAAGCAGACCCAAAAAAAAGGAGGUGCAACAGGAUUCCAAGAUUGCAAAUGGACUUAAGGUUCGGGAUAAUUCUGGGAUAGAAUCAAGUUUUCGUGCUGGUAGUACCAAAGUUAUUGGUCGAAGCACUGGAAAGGAAUUUGCUGCCACUCGAAUCCAAACUGCGUAUCGUUCUUACAGGGCAAGAAAAAUGUUACGUUGUUUGAAAGGGACGUCAAGAUUUCAGGCAUUGGUCGAGGCAGAUGCUCUUACGAAGCAAGCUUCUUCUGCUCUUGACAAAAUACAUUUUUGGAGCAGAAUACAAACGGAAAUCAAAAGCCGACGCUACUGGAUGGCGGCAGAGAGCCGGAUAAAGCAAAAGAAGCUUGAAAAUCGAGUGCAAGUCGAGUCUAAACUUCAUGAACUCGAGGUGGAAUGGUCUGGCGGACCUGAGACGAUGGAAGAGAUUGUGUCCAAGAUACAACACCGUGAGGAAGCCACAAACAAGCGUGAGCGUGCAAUGGCCUACGCCUUUUAUCACCAAUGGAGGGCGAACCCAAAUCGAUAUUUUGGUCAAGCUUACUAUGAUCUAAGCAAAGAGAGCUGGGGAUGGAGCUGGAAGGAGCGGUGGAUCGCGGUGUGCCCAUGGGAGGCUCGGGUGGUUGCACGGCCGGUCGGCAAACAGAACAAGGCGUCUAGAACCACAAAGCAUGGUGCACCAAAGAUUGUGGUUGCAGUGAAAACGCCGAUGGCAAACGGCAAGGGUACAGUUAAAGCAACAUAUUGAAAUGUCGAGAACAUAUGGGAGAGAGUUCAAACGAGAACUAUAAAUAUUUUAGUAACCUACGAACCAACUGUUUGAUGCAUCAUUCAUGAUGAAUAACUCUCAAUAAUCAUGAAUA